AUGUUUACUGGUUUAGUUGAAACAAUUGGCACCGUUUCGGCGCUGGAGGCACUCGAUGCCUCCUCAAGCGGGGGCGGGGGAACCUCACUAACCAUCUCCGAUUGUGAAGAGAUCCUAGGAGACGCGCAUCUGGGUGAUAGUAUCAGUGUCAAUGGAACCUGCCUUACCGUGACUGCAUUCGACAAGACCUGGUUCAAGGUCGGCGUUGCACCAGAGACCCUACGUCGCACAAACCUUGGCUCCCUACUAAAGGACUCAAAAGUCAACCUUGAACGAGCCGUUUCAGCUGAUACUCGGAUGGGUGGUCAUUUUGUACAGGGCCAUGUGGAUACUGUUGCGACGAUAUUGUCUGUCACCCCAGAUGGGAACGCCCUGACCUUCCGACUCCAGCCACGAGAGAAGGAGGUGCUCCGUUACAUUGUCGAGAAAGGAUACGUUACCCUGGAUGGUGCCAGUCUGACUGUUACCAAAGUUGUCGAUGGAGAGGAUGGCUACUGGGAGGUGAUGCUUAUUGCCUACACUCAGGAGAAGAUUGUGACAGCCGCAAAGAAGCCCGGUGAGGAGGUCAAUGUUGAAAUUGAUAUUGUGGGUAAGUAUGUUGAAAAGAGCGUCGAGGGCUACUUUGCCGGCACGGCCGGAGGCAACUUUGCCAUUCUCGAGAAGAUGGUCGCUCGUAUCGUCGAGGAGAAGCUCAAGAAAUAA